AUGGUAAUGAUGUUUAGCUUAGUCUCUCCGCUACAAACGCUGAGGUCGCGCCUCGGAGCUCAUGCUCGUACGUGUCAAUUGUACCCUUUCCAGCGUGCAUCAAUUUCCACAUCGACAAGUUAUCGGCCCGACAAGCACAGAGCUGCGACCCCCUCAAACAGCCCAGACACCUCACCCUACCCAUUUCGAAUCUUCCGUGAUGACAUCUCUUCGCUACGCAAGUACCGAGGCGAGAUUACUCACAACGGCCGCGCUGUUGGCCUCGUGCCUACAAUGGGUGCUCUUCAUGAAGGUCACCUCGCCCUGAUCCGUGCGGCAGCUGCAGAAAACAGCGAUGUCUUUGUGUCUAUUUUCGUCAACCCAACACAGUUUGGUCCAACAGAAGACCUAGCUACAUAUCCGCGGACGUGGGAUGAUGACAUGGAAAAGCUGAUUGCCCUCAACAAUAAAUUGACUUUCCCUAAUGGGCUGGGUAGGAUAAGUGCGGUCUUUGCACCUGGAGUCAGGACAAUAUAUCCCACGCUUCCUCCCUCUUCUGACAUUGAUGGUGCCGGCUCCUUCGUGACCAUCACACCGCUAGCGAACAGAUUGGAAGGUGCUGCAAGGCCGACUUUCUUCAGGGGUGUGGCAACGGUUUGUACGAAGCUAUUCAACAUUAUUCAGCCAGAGCGCGUAUACUUCGGACAGAAGGAUGUGCAGCAGUCGGUAUUGAUUAAUCGGAUGGUUCGUGAUUUCCACAUACCCACUGAAGUUCGUGUUGUAGCAACGACGAGAGAGGAAGAUGGUCUAGCGAUGAGUAGCCGGAAUGUGUAUCUUGGCGAGAGGAGAAGACAGGUUGCGCCCAUUUUGCAUGGAGCGUUAAGAGCAGCCGAGAAAGAGUACGACGAGGGACGAUUGUCGCGAACCGAAAUGUUCGGUGCUGCGAUACAUUUUCUGGAGACCGAGCGGCUCAAGUUGACCGACAGGGGAUUGGAUGCAGUCGAAUUCGAGCUCGAUUACAUCUCGGUGGCUGACGUGGAAGAAAUGAACGAGAUCAAGGACGAAGUUGACCCAAGGAGGGGCGCUAUCAUCAGUGGAGCUUUGAAGAUGCUUCCAAUAAAAGAUCCCCAGACGGAAGAGGAAAGGGCACAGAAACCAGUGCGUCUGAUAGAUAACAUCAUUCUGACGCCUGUGAUAAAUGUAGACAACUUUCAGCACUGA